UUUAUAAGCUUAUAUUAUUUUUAUAUUAAAGGAACUGGGCCCUAUCAAGAACCUCUUUUAUGGCGAGCUGAUUUUUUACUUGUUUCGAUCUCAAUAAUUUUAUUUUUUAUUGGCAUUUUUUUACUCAUCAUAUGUGCAUUUUGUAAAUCAAAUACAAAAGACAGGCAAUUUACUCGAAGAAAACAAUUUGUAAGAGAUUCUAUUAGAAGUAGUCAACAAUUAAUACAAAUGAGGCAACAACAACAAUUACAACAAAAACCUAUGGAAGGGAAUGAAAGUUUUUCCGAAAGUUUUGGAAGCCCUUCAAGUAACUCUUCUAAUAAUUCUGGACAUUAUUAUGGUGAAUGUUGUUCUAAUAAGGAAGGAAAUGCUGGGGAAAGUAGUUAUUAUGCACAAUUACCUGAAGAUGAUCAACAAAUUAAUGAAUGUUGUUUUCCAUCAAUGUAUGUAAUUAAAUGA